GAGAGAGAAGAACCAUUCAUGUUCAUAUCACUUACCAUUCCUCACAAGGCAGCUGCUUGCUUACUUCAAGCCUGAGAUCACUGCUCCAUUUCUGAACAUACAGCAGCUUUUUCAGUAAACGAAAUAAGACAUCGAUGAUAAAUGGGUAAUGAUUAACUAAAGAUGACGGGCUCUUGGACAACGUGUUGCAAGAAAAAGAACCUCCUGAAUGAUGGCAUACAAGAAUUGGACUUGGUGGCAGAGAAGAAGGAGGAAAAAAUGCAGAUGAAACAAGAAAUCACUUUGCUAAAUGGCAUUUCUUUAAUAGUAGGGAACAUGAUAGGCUCAGGGAUAUUUGUCUCUCCCAAGGGGGUUCUGAUGUACAGUGGCUCGUAUGGACUCUCUCUCCUUCUGUGGGCCCUCGGUGGGAUCUUUUCAUUGUUUGGAGCCCUGUGCUAUGCUGAACUGGGGACAUCCAUUAUUAAAUCAGGUGCAAGCUAUGCCUACAUCCUGGAAGCCUUUGGAGGUUUUAUAGCCUUUAUCAGACUUUGGUCUUCAUUGCUGAUUAUUGAACCCACCACUCAGGCUGUCAUAGCCAUCACUUUUGCUAAUUACAUCGUUCAACCAAUAUUUCCCUUUUGCGAGCCACCUUAUGGAGCAGUAAGGCUGAUUGCAGCUGCCUGCAUCUGUUCUCUGACAUUUAUUAACUGUGUCAAUGUGAAAUGGGGAACCCGAGUACAAGAUCUUUUCACCUAUGCAAAAGUAAUGGCUCUUAUUAUGGUAAUAGCUGUGGGUCUUUAUAAAAUUAGCCAAGGAGAAACAGAAAACCUCAAGGAGCCAUUUGAAGGUUCUACAGCAAAUCCAGGAUUAAUUGCACUUGCUCUAUACUCAGCACUCUUUUCCUAUUCUGGAUGGGAUACACUGAAUUUUGUCACUGAAGAAAUGAAAAACCCAGAAAGAAACCUUCCAAUUUCCAUUGCAGUUUCAAUGCCUAUUGUGACCAUCAUUUACCUACUGACUAAUGUGGCCUACUAUGUUGCACUGGACAUGCCUGCUCUUCUAGCAAGUGACGCUGUGGCUGUGACUUUUGGUAAUGAAACUCUUAGCCAUGCUAAGUGGAUCAUCCCAAUUGCAGUGGCUAUGUCUUGCUAUGGAGGAUUAAACUCAUCCAUUAUUGCAGCGUCCAGGCUUUUUUAUGUUGGAGCCAGAGAAGGACACCUCCCUGAUAGUCUGAGCCUGAUCCAUAUAAAAUGCUUCACACCCGUUCCUGCUCUUCUUUUUAAUGGUUUAAUGACUUUGGCUUAUCUCCUUGUGGAAGAUGUCUUUCUCCUGAUUAAUUACUAUUGUUUCAGCUAUUGGUUCUUUGUUGGGUUAUCCAUCGCAGGAUUAAUAUACUUGAGAUAUACCCAGCCUGACAGGCCAAGGCCCAUUAAACUCAGCCUCUUCUUCCCCAUUGUAUAUUGCUUAUGCACCCUUUUCCUGGUCAUAGUCCCCCUCUACAGUGACACAAUCAAUUCUAUAAUUGGAAUUGGCAUAGCACUGUCUGGAAUUCCAGCUUAUUUUUUUGGAGUCUAUUUACCAAUUGAGAAGAGACCACAGUACAUCCAGUGGCUUUCUGCUAAAACCACCAAAUAUGUUCAGAUGUUGUUCUGUUGCUGUCUCACGGACUUGGACUUUGAAACUGAGAUCCCAGAAAGCAAAGCCAAGUAGAGAGUCAUUUUAGCAGCUUCCACACUUGAAACAUGAAUAUCCACAUAGCUGAAAUAGUCUGUUGUGCUCUUGAGCUGCAUCAAGGAACAGCCAACUGCAAUCCACAUCCCUUUGAUACGUCUUCAUGUAUGCUAUGUUACUAGCCUACCCUUUGACUGAUUACCAGUUUGUGAGAUUUUCUUUGUACUAAUUGAAUAGCUGGCAGUUAAACACUUCUGUGUGGUAUGACAAGCACUUAACAUGUGCUAGUUUUUUUUAAAAGCUAAUUAUAAAGAUGACUCAAAGGUACCAGUUAAAUGCAAAACUCUGAGAAGGAAAACAUAAUACUGUAUGAUGUCAAGAACACAGACUAAAAAUACCACCUCAGCACUUUCCCCUCCAAUGGUGUAUAAAAAUACUCACAUUAUACAUUUGUUUUAUUUUAAAGGGCUGCAAAUUCUAGUAGCUUAAUAUUCUUUCUUUCCUUUUUUUAAAGAAACACGUAAAGAAACCUUACGUCUGAAUCAAUGUGGGUACAGCUUCUUGUGGCAAUAUGCCAUAGAAAUCUGUAGAAAGAUGCCAGUGACACAUAAAGGAGGCAUUUUGCCCUGGUACACUACUUAUACUUAAGCUUCAAAUUUAUCAUUGCUGCAUGACCACUUUCCGUUUCUUGCAGGGCCAGCUCUACCAUUAGAUAAAAUGCAUCAACUAUCUUAAGCAACAAAGUUUGGUGGUGGGGGAAUAGCAGUAGCAACCCCAAAAUUCUCAGUUCACAGGUCCCAGGCCAUUCCCCUUUAUUGGAGGAUGCCAAUGUUAUGUUCACUGCCAUUCUUGAACUAAGGUUCAACAGUGCGUGUGCAUGUG